AUGCCUGUCGGUGCUGCGCUAUGGCGUAAUUUACGCGCUCAUCAGGUCUACGGGGCCAACACUGAUGUGGGAAAGACAAUUGUAUCUACUGUGUUGUGCAAUGCGGUUCAACGACAAAAACAACAAGCCGCAUUCCUCAAGCCUGUGUCAACGGGAGCCUUGGACGAUGCCGAUGAUCGGCACUUGCAGCGCUUUGGCGCGGGGACAUUAACCAAGUGUCUCUACCAGUUCGAUGACCCGGUGAGCCCGCAUUUGGCCGCCAAGGACAAAGUGAUCCCGCGAGAUGAUGAUCUUCUUGCCUCAAUCCAUAAGACGCUGUCCGGCUGGGCCCGGUCGGACAUUGACUUUGCUCUCGUCGAGACUGCUGGGGGUGUCCACUCCCCAGGUCCCAAUGGCAACUCGCAGGCGGAUCUGUACCGACCUCUACGGCUGCCAAUUGUGCUGGUCGCGGACUCUCGUCUAGGAGGAAUCUCUUCCUCCAUCUCUGCUUAUGAGUCGCUGCUACUUCGUGGCUAUGACGUACAAUCGGUUCUCUUGUUCCGAGACGAGUACUACCAAAAUCACGAGUAUCUCCGUGAUUACUUCAAGGGCAAGAGCAUCCCUCUAGUCUCACUUCCAACACCUCCACCCCGCCCGUCUCAGUUAGACGCGGAUUCCCAAUUGAGAGACGAGGAGGCCAUGUCCACCUAUUACCAAAAGUCCGCACAGGAGUCCGACAUUCUCAGACUGCUUGAGGAGAUGACAGUGAAAAACACUGAGCGCAUUGAACGCUUAGAAGAGAUGGGCGACCGGGCCCGGGAUCUAAUCUGGUACCCCUUCACUCAGCACCAAGGCAUGCGCGCCAAGGACAUCACCGUGAUCGAUUCAGCCCACGAUGACUACUUCCAGACAUUCGGAUCCAACUCAUCCAAAAUUACCCAAAGCGAACUGCGGCCAACAUUCGAUGGCUCUGCAUCCUGGUGGACCCAAGGCUUGGGCCAUGGUAACCCCGAGCUCUCGCUUUCUGCAGCCUACGCCGCUGGCCGGUACGGUCAUGUGAUGUUCGCAGGCGCCGUUCAUGAGCCAGCGCUCUCUCUUGCGAGUCGCUUGCUGGAGACCAUCGGAAACCCACGGUUGACCAAGGUUUUCUACACAGACAACGGAAGCACAGGAAUGGAAGUUGCCGUGAAGAUGGGUCUCCGCGCCUCCUGCAACCGCUACGGCUGGGACGCAAGCCAGGAACAAAUUGGCAUUCUGGGACUCAAGGGCAGUUACCAUGGCGACACUAUCGGAGUAAUGGAUUGCUCAGAGCCGUCCACUUUCAACCAAAAGGUUGAAUGGUAUCGUGGCCGUGGCCAUUGGUUUGACUUCCCGCUGGUCAAGAUGGUUGGAGGGUCAUGGAAAGUCGAGAUUCCCGGUGAGCUCCGAAUGGACUUGGGCGAAGAUGUCGACUUUGCUUCAUUGGGCUCGGUCUUUGAUCUUGAACAGCGUAUUGAGUCUGCCACCGCUCGGCGCUACAAAGAUUAUAUCCGCCGCACCAUUGAGGACUUGAUACAGCGCCAGGGUAUGAAGUUUGGAGCCCUUAUUAUGGAGCCCGUCAUCCUCGGUGCCGGUGGAAUGCUCUUCUGUGACCCGCUCUUCCAGAGAUGCCUGGCGGACGUGGUCCGCGACCACCCCGAGCUAUUCUCUGCCAAUGCCACUUCUCAUAAGGAAUCCCCAUCCUGGUCAGGCUUACCAAUCAUCUUUGACGAGGUGUUCACUGGCCUGUAUCGCCUGGGUCGUCGGACAUCCGCUUCAUUCUUGGGUGUCCACCCAGACGUCGCUGUUAACGCCAAACUCCUCACGGGCGGAUUGAUCCCGCUCUGUACGACUGUGGCUAGCGAGGAGAUCUUCGAUGCUUUCUCCAGCCCGGAGAAGAGUGAUGCACUCCUCCACGGCCACAGCUACACUGCCCAUGCUGUUGGCUGUACCGUUGCCGUCGACUCUCUGAAGACCAUGGCACGGCUGGAGUCAGACGGAUCCUGGGAUAGAUACCGCGAUGACUGGCGCAACAGCUCAGUUGCCUCUGAAACCUCCACUCCUGAUGUGUGGAGUGUCUGGUCACAGGGUCUACUUCAGGACCUGUCUUGUGCGGAAUCAGUGGAGAGCGUCUUCGCUAUUGGAACUGUGCUCAGUAUUUCCCUGCGCGAUGCCGAGGGUGGAGGCUACACCUCCAACGCUGCGAAGGGUCUGCAACAAAAGCUCUCCAUUGGCGGUGAUAAGUUCAAUGUUCACUCGCGCGUCCUCGGCAAUGUCUUGUAUCUCAUGUCCAGUGUGACAUCCAAACCCGAGUCGUUGCAAGAGAUGGAAAAAUUGCUUCGGUCGGCCUUGGUGUAA